AUGCGAAUGACUAGAGCACAAGCGGCUGCUCAGGCUGCCGCCGAGAGUGAAGUUAGUGAUAAUGCAUUUGUUCGCGACGAGAGAUCUAGCACGCCGGAGGGUGAACCCCUAGCUCAGCAGGAACGGGAACCCUUGGGUGAAUUGACGAACAAGCUGGACCUCAGUCAGGAUACACCUGUCGUUGCUCCCAAGGACGCAGGAGAGCCAGCGGAGACGGCAGAAGAGGUGGACUUGGAGCAGGAGAAAAAGGAGCUGGAAGAGAGCGACCCGAAGGACGAUCCAGAAGAGGAUCAAGUCUCUACACCUGCUGUCACCCCCACCACCAACAAGCCAAGCCAGAUUCCAAUCCACCAAGACACUUUGAAUCACCCAUCUGAGAAAGAUCUGGACAUCUCAUCACCCACUACUGAGCUGCCAUUGCUCAACAUCACCCCUCAACGCACACCGGCAAAGAAGAUUAUGAAGAAUGAAUACGCACACAUGAGAUCAACGUCUAACAAGGAGAAUAUGGUGCCAGACUCGUCUGUCGUUACUACGCCUGUGGACAGGCUUCAGACUCACAUUGAGACGCUCGGUGCCGAACAUGAACAAUCCGAACCACAAACACCACACCGACCACAUCCUGAGGAACAAGCAAAGUCUGAUGGGAAGCAAAAGAGCGUGGACGUCGAUCAUCAAGAAGUUGAGGUCAUACCGCAGACUGGGCAAGAGACACCACAAGUGGACGAAGCACAUGACGACAGUCUAAUUAAUCACUUUGAAGCCUUGCAAGUCUCGCCGAAGAAGACGAAUAAAUUCAGGGAACAGACGGUCGAGGCAGACACGCAAGCUGACGCAGAAGAGCUGGCCGCUUCUCCCCCGGAAACUACUGAGGAAGCGAAACAAGACACUAUCCAGGCUUCCGAAAGUCAAACACCCAAGGGAACGGAAACAGCUUCACUUGAGAACAAGUCAAAAGCCGCUCUCACUUCAACCACAAAGAAGCCUUCACCUCAGACCUCACAACCUGAUGCUUCGAAGCCCACACGAAGGCCCUCAGUAAAACAAACGACUCUUGGUCGUCAAUCCUCUGUUGUGCGCAAGUCAAUGGCUCCACCUGCUCGCUCAGACUCCUCAACCAACCCAGCAAUCAAGCGAAACACUUCCGUACGCUCCUCCAUACGCCCUUCAACUCGCGUCAACAUGGCUCCUAGACCAGCAUCUUCCCAGUCUGCUGAACCAUCCAAUCUCGCCAAUAUCCCUCACUCCAAACCUCGUCCCAUGUCAAUGUCCUUCCCUACCCCUCCACCCCCUGCCAGAUCUUCCAAGGCACCCACACAAGCAACCUUCCAACUUCCCGGUGAAGCCAUCGCUGCAAGGCUAAAAGCCGACAAAGAAGCACGCCUCCAACGACAAGCAGAAGCCGGCACUGGUUCAACAAAAUCGACAUACAAACCUCCUCCACCACCAAAAUCCUCAAAACCUCCUACGAAAGCAACCUUCCAACUCCCUGGAGAAGCGGUAGCCGCAAAGCUGAAGGCCGAAAAAGAAGAACGACAAAAGCGACAAGAGGAAAACGGUGGUGUGGCAGCAAAGAAAGCAUACAUACCACCCGUGACGACAAGAUCCACAAAGCCAGUCACAAAAGCAACUUUCCAACUCUCCAGUGAUGUCUUUGCCGCAAAGAUGAAGGCUCAAAAGGAAGAAAGACUAAAGAAGGAAAAAGAAGAAGAGGAAAAAAGAGAAGCGGUCAGAAAAUCAGGCUUCAAAGCUAGACCAGUGCCCAGGGUCAAGGAACCUGCUGUGGUGAGGAUGAACGCCGCCUCUCGAGCACGAAUCCCUUCCGGCGAGACCAACGGCAUCACACGCACCACAAGCGUCAGAGACAGCACUUCUCUGGCUCAAAAACGUCUAUCUUCCUUCCACCCCACCGCAUCUUCCUCAUCCACAGCAGCAUUACCACCCAGAGCAGCCACAUCAUUCCAAAAACGACAAUCCAUGGCUCCUUUUGUAUCCAAAGGCAAAGAAGUCUUUGGCAGAGCAGUGGCAACAAAAGAGAAGGAAGACAAGGAGAAGAAGGAAAAAGAAGAGGCUGCCAAAAAGGCAAGAGCAGAGGCUGCGGAAAAGGGUAGACAGGCUUCUAGGGAUUGGGCUGCGAAGAAGAAGGAAAAGGAGAGGAGACAGACUAUUGCUGCUGCUACUGCUGCUGUUGUGUAG